UCUGGAUCUGAGGAGCUCAGACACCACAGACACCACAGACACCACAGGAUGGACUUCACAGACAGGACUGUGCGCAUGUGCUGCAGCGUUGGGCUGAUGCUGAUGUUGCCGUCGGUCUGGGCGGUGUUCGGUCUCCACUGUAACGUCACUCAGACUUCUGAUGGGAUGUUCAGGCUGUGGUUGUCAGAGCCGCCGCCGGCACCGGACUGCAACUGGUUGUGGGAGGACUCCAACAAAAUAAAUCUGGCUGUCAGUGUUGACAACUUCAGCGAUCAGGUGUUCAACGUAUCGGACCAGUACCUCAUCCUGAAGACCUGUAGCAACUACACCACAUACCAGCGGGGCUGUCUGAAACUGGGCUGGACUGCAGUUGUGUGUUCAUUUAACUGCAGCUCCAUUGUGACUCCGCCUCCUCCUAUUCUGGUGGUUCCUCAUAUCCCUGGGCUUUGGCUUUGGCUGACAGUGGCUGCAUCGAUCCUUUUUGUGCUCUGCGUCUUUGGCAGUUUGGUCCACUGGUGCAGAAAAAGGAGUCUGGCCAACAAGAGUCAUCAGGAUCAGACUCGAAGGGUGGAGGAGGAGGUGAUGGAGAGGAUGAUGCAGGACCAGGACCAACGCCUACAGGCAGAUCAGAUGUGUGAUGUUAAAAUCCCACUGGCUGAAAUCCAACCACUGGAUCAGUGUGUAGAUCUAGAAGACGGAGCAUCAGUUUGAACACAGAAGUAGUUGGACUUAUUUUUAAUCAGGAGGUUUUGAUGACAGUGCCACAGCAUUAGAAGACUGGUCUGCUUUGGUGGAGGUCUGCGCUCUGAAUGAUUUUCUAGUUUUGGAUGUUUUUCAUCUAAAAAUAUUUAAACUAAAUGUUGUCCUUUGAGUCUGUUUCAGAUGGCAUUUAGACCUUUACAAUUCUGUGGAAUAUUUGUCUGAAACUGGUCUGGUUCAAAAGGUAUGAAUCAAAAAGUAGUGGGCGGUCCAUCCGUGAUGCCCUUGACCCUGCCCACUUAUAAAAUAUAGACUCACAUUUUUUCAUAAAAGUCAACUCUUCUCACCAUAAAAUCGACCACAUCUAGAACCCAUGGUUCCCACGGGUCAACGCCAGGGAUGCAAAUUAUCGAUUAAUCCAUUAAUCAUUAGUUGGUUGACCUUAUUGAUUGAUUAACGAUUAAUUGAUAAGCGGUGAUUUUCCUGAGAACCUGAAUUUCUCGUUCAAUACAGUCUAUAAGAAUAAAAGCUAAAUACUGUUUAUGUACUUCAUAAGAAAAUCGUGUCACAUUACUUAAUGAUUGAUUUAUUGAACCAUUGGAUACAGUCAGUGUUUCCAGUGGAAUUCAUCUGUUGGUGUGGUGGUGUGGAAUGGGGGGUGCACGUGCGUGCACACAAAAGGUUUAAUAGUCAGUCCCUGCUAGAAGUCCCGCCUCUAACCUAAUUAUCACUCUCUGAUUGGCUCUGCGGUUUUGCUAUCGUACAUGUGAUUGGCCGUCCCUGCUG